UCUUAAGUCCAUUUUUAUAACAACCACGUACUGCUUGUGUAUAUUCUGGACAGAAAUGUUACUUAUGGGGCAAUAAUGGAAUAUACUUUUGUAUAAUGGAGAGCUUUUACUGUGGCCACAGCACUGUGCUGGAGUAGUUUGGCUGGAGUGCUGUUUCUCAAUUUGGUAGCAUACUUUAGAUCCAGAAAGGAACUUCCCUUACUUGAAAAUGCUGUGUCAUUUCUUCUUCCUUAACUGAAAUCCCAACCAAGGUUCAGGAAAUGCCCUACUGAGCCACUUCUCUUUUCUCUUUCCUCUACUAACUGGAUUUCAGCCACUCCAGAUUAUUCACCAUCUGAUCUUUUACGAUGGGUGUCUCUUUGGCAUGGUGCUUAUGCUAUGGGAAGAGGGGUUAUACUUGGUGCUGUCUGUAGACGUGAUAAAGUGAUAGCAUCCAAUCAUUGCUGGUCCCCACACAUCUGGAAAGUCCUGCCAGACAUCAAAUAAAAUCCUCCAUGACCCUUGACCACCAGAUCCUCAAUCAGACUAUUAAACAGUCCUACACUUCAACGCAAAGCAGUGCACUUGUGGUACAGCAUGGACACCCAUCCCCAGAGAGUGACUCUGGCAUCACCGGAAAUCCACUCACCAUGUUGCUAACUCUUGGGAAAGAAGAUGACAAUGUGGAAUGGCAGUUAUCUGGAAAUAUUUUGAAUGUGUAUAGUGGUGAGCAGGGAAUUUCAUCAGUUAAUAUGGGCCUUACAAAUGCUUCCUGUUCGAGGAGUUUAUCAAUGAAAAAAGAAAUUACAGAAACUGAUACUCGAGCUUUGGCAAAAGAGAGACAAAAGAAGGACAACCACAACCUCAUUGAAAGAAGAAGACGGUAUAAUAUUAAUUACAGAAUCAAGGAGCUUGGCACUCUUAUUCCAAAGACUAAUGACCCUGAUACGCGCUGGAACAAAGGGACCAUUCUGAAAGCAUCGGUGGAGUACAUCAAGUGGCUACAAAAAGAACAACAGAGAGCGCGGGAAUUAGAGCACAGACAGAAGAGAUUGGAGCAGGCUAACCGGCGCCUUCGACUCCGGAUUCAGGAACUAGAAAUACAGGCUCGUGCUCACGGUCUUCCAUCCCUGGCUUCCCUUGGCACAGUUGAUGUGGGUGCUCAUGUCAACAGACAGACCCAUCCUGAGCAGAAUUCAGUGGACUAUCACCAACAGUCAACUCAUUUGCAGGGAAUGAACCUUGAGUUCUGUGACCAAGCUUUGUCCUUCUCCGAUCCUUUGUCACACUUCACAGAUUUGUCAUUCAGUGCUGCUUCAAACGAGGAACAAAGAUUGGAUGACAUGCUCCUGGACACUUUAUCUCCUUUUGGGACAGACCCUCUGCUAUCGGCCGCUUCCCCUGAAGUUUCCAAAGAGAGCAGCAGGAGGAGCAGUCUCAGCUCAGAUGAUGGUGAUGCGUUAUAAAAAAGCAAACACACCCAGUUGAUCAACCAGGAAACAAUGCCAUGCUGAUGAUAUGCAAUUAUGUUCAGUGCUUCAUAUAUUGCUUUGGCUCCAUUUUCCUGAAAGGACUACAUUGUUCAUGAAAAACCGAUGGAGUGAAUAACAGCAGUAUAAUGAAAUUACAGGAAGAAAUAUGGUGCUGAAGAAUUAUUGAGGGCUAAAAAAGAUGUUUUCCUUGGACAGAGUCCAAACGAACUUAACUUUUAUUUCCUGGAAAUAGCUCUCUACUUGAUGUACUAACAGACUGCAAAGAGUAAACCUCAGAAAUACGCAAACAUUUUCUUCGUUAUUCACUAGUAUUUCCUUCUUUUUAACUCUUAAAACAGUUUUCAAGAAUCAUGAUCAAUAGAUAUGGUAGUUUAUUGCCUUUCUCCACUGUCUGGUUAAAAGACAGAUUAUCUACCAGUCAUAAUGGAAAAGUGGAUCUACAAUUAACUUUAGAAUUUUCUGCAAUAAAAUACAAAUACUUAUUUUAAAAUGUUUUCUAAAAGUGUAUGCUACUUACUUUAGUCUGUUUAACUGCACAAAUUCUAAAAGUAUCUCUGUGUAUUUAUGAAGACACUUCCUGUUCAGAAAAGGGAACACAUUCAAUACCUUCCUUAAGAACGUGGAUUGGAAUUUUUGUCCCUUCACACAGACCUACCCCAACAUACAUGUAUACAAUGAAGGUAGUAUGUGUUUUUCCCUUCACUUUUUGCUUUUCUAUUUUGCAUAAGAAAUCACAUUCCAAAUUUUUUUUCAUCAAGAAGAGAUGUUGGAUAAUCUAUUCAGCAAAUGAACUUGAAAAAGAGUCCUGCUACUAUGACAAUUUGUCAGGUAUUUACAGUUCAUCACUAUGUCUAGUAUGGAAUGUAAAAUAAUUAGUUGCCAAUACAGUUUUGCUUCACAUUAACAAAAUAGUGAAAAUUGGAUUGCCAAGUAACAAAAUAAUUUGUAAAACAAAAAGUCUUAUACAUUCAGCUCUGAGCUAAAGUUCUAUUCUCAUAGAACUUAGAGUACCCUGUGAUUUUUGCUAGCUUUGUUAUUAUUUGUUAAGAAUAUUUAUAUUUAUGAUGUUUUAAUAAAAUUUUUCUCUCUUGAGUUUGUUUUAGGAAUGGGAACUGACUUACCAAAUACGCUGUUCUGUGCUGCAUCUCUGUGAGUGCUCAUCUGACCAAUGAGUAUUUGUUGAGCAAUACUCAAAAGUUUCGUGAAAAUGUACAACACAUAAAAAGAUAUGGUCUUACCCCUCAUAGAAUUAAAGACAACAUGAGAAACAACAAAAAAAAGAUAAACAACAUAUAGAAUUAAAGCCCACGUGGAGCAGCAUAGGGUAAAGAUUACAAAGGGUCAGAAAAAUGAAAAUGAAUGAAGUUUGGAGAAUCACAAAAGUCUAUGGGAAGAACAGAAUUCAACUUCUUUUAAAAGUGUAUAAACUGAGUGAAGGGAAGGGAAAGUAGAGCAAUGAUAUUAACCAAAUGAUAAAAAUGAAAGUAAGUGGAAGUACCCUAAUGGGACAUUAUUAGAAACGGAACAUUUACCUGGCCACCCUAGAAGAUGCUUGUUGGGGAGUUCUGAAAAGUAUUAUUAUCAACAGGUUGUGAAAGCCGUUGAAAACUAGGAUAAAAUGACAUAGUAGAAAUCUGAUAUAUUAUUAGGAGAGAGAAGUCUAAAAAUUAAAAUGCUUUGGCAUAUUACUAACACGAUUGAGAUGUAAUCUUUCAUGCAUAUUAACUUGGUGAUAAAUGUUUCAGAGUAUUUUAAGUAUUACUUACAUGGAAAAUAUACAUCAUCACAAAAUUUGAGACUAAUGAUGAUGAAAGAGGGAAAAUAUUACAUCCUUAUGGUAUAAUAAUUAUCUCAGGCUUAGUUUAUAACAUUAGCUUAGAGAUUGGAUAAUUAAUUUUCAUUGACAUGGAAAAAGUAAUUCUUAAUUUAUAGGAACAAUCAUUAAGCCAGAAAUAUAAAUUCACUUAUAAUAUGCUAUGUGAAAGAGAGCAAUAAGAUAUACUUCCUCAAGAAUAUUUAGGAGAAGAUUAUAUACUUUUAACUUUAUGACAAAAUUAGACUUUUCUACCUGAGGUGAUAAUUUAACAUUGAAAAUUACAGAGAAGCAAAAUAUUUUUGGGUCCAUGGAAAACAUAUCAUAUAUAGAUAGAGACUAAUUUCUGUUCUCAUAUUAUCAAUUAUUAUCUUUUCUUCAAAGUCGAAAAGACUUGCUUGGAUGAAGUCAUUACCCCAUCAUCAUGGUUCCACUCCAAAUACUACUACCUAGCCCUGAAAUCUAUUUCUUUUAUCUUAGCUAAUUGUAAUAACUUGACACCAGAUCUGGACAAAAGAGAUCUGGAAAGAGAAUCAAUAUCUGUUGCUACUUGCAGAUUAUAAUAGCUAUUAGGAGAUUAUAAAAUGGCUAAUGAUUUUUAAAAAAAAUUAAGUAAGAGUGUUCUGUGUCACAAGUUAUAGAUUUUCUCUCCAGAAAAAUACAGAAUUGUAUAUACCGGUACAGUGAAAAAUAUGCAUGCACAAAGUAGUGUUAGCCUGGCCAGUGUUGUUCAGUAGUUCAAUGUCCACCUAUGAACCAGGAGGUCACAGCUUGAUUACAGGUCAGGGCAUAUGCCUGGGUUGCAAGCUCCAGCCCUGGGAGGUUUUG